AAGUCGCCACCUGUGAUCCCCCAAAUACAAGAAUGGCUCGCACCUCUCGUGUUGCCAUGUUUGUGCCCUUGUCCAUCUUGAUGGCACUGGCGAUAUCGAACGGCUUGUUUUGGGAAGUAAGUGCGGCCGGAGAGUGCGGGAGGACCCCCGUCCGAUCGGCUGCCGCCAGCCUAAGCCCUUGCUUGGGGGCCGCUAGAGACGCUCGGGCUAAGGUCCCGCCUGCCUGUUGCGCCAAAGUCAAUGCGCUCAUCCGCACCGCUCCUCGCUGCCUCUGCGCGGUCCUGCUCUCUCCUAUGGCGAAGCAGGCCGGGAUCAUGCCGGGCACGGCCAUCUCGAUUCCGAAGAGGUGCAACAUUAGGAACAGGCCCGCUGGAAAGAAAUGCGGGAGAUAUACUGUCCCGUGAGCGACAAAUGCUGAGCCCGGCCCAAUCUAGGAGGAGGAUGAUAAUCAAAGUAAUGGCCUGAGAAAGCUGGGGAUUUGCUAAAUAAAAUUUGCCAAUGUAAUAGGGCCACUCUCUGUUUAAUGGGCCCAGGCCCAUUUAUGGCAUUAUCUAUGGUAACUAAUAACUAUGUA